AUGCUCAGGAACAACUUCAAUGUAAAUGAAAGUUGUGAAAAUGGGGAAACGGCGCUUAUGGUUGCCAGCGCAGGCGGUUAUGUUGAUGUGGUGAAUGCACUGCUAAGCCAUGGCGCCAAUAUUAAGGAGCACAAUGUGAUUGGACAUACACCGCUGAUGAAGGCCGCAUGUGCCGGCCAUGUGGAAGUAGCCAAGGUACUUCUCGAGCGUGGAGCCGAAAUCAACACCCGUUCCAAUGAGUACAACGAGAGUGCAUUGUCAGUGGCUAGCUAUAAGGGUCAUAUUGAUAUGGUGCGUUUCCUACUGCAAGCUGGCGCCGAUCACUUGAACUUCGCUCUUUCAGCGGCUUCAACAGGUGGCCAAGUGGAAGUAGCGCAAGUAUUACUAGACUCUGGAGCGCAAGUCAAUAGUUCCACUUAUUCACUGCCAUCGCCGCUCGAAUGUUCAAUUAGCAAUAGUAACGUUGAGGUUACCACUUUGCUCAUACAGGCCGGCGGCAACAUUAAUGGGGCCAUUACAAAUGGCAACACGUAUCUCAUGAUGGCAGCUGGCAAGGGGGACGUGAGAAUGUGUGCUCCUCUCAUAUGGCGCUAAUCUGGAUCACAAGACGAAGGACAACCGUACGCCAUUUAUGGAGGCUAGUCGUGCCGGCCACUUGACGACCGUGAACUUACUUAUCGAGAAGGGCGCACGCAAGUCGACGACUAGCUCCUUGGUAAAAUUGGCUUCACUUGCUAUCCAUUUUUGUUGCUCAAUCGCACUUUUAUUAUUAUAUGUAUGUACUUUAUAUAAACAGCUAGAGA